AUGUAUGAGGAAGUAUGGCAUGCGGCGAUACAGUUUCUAUUGUGGGUAAUAGGUGUGGACUGUGGAGGAUGGCUGAGGUGUGAGGCGGGGAGGGAGGGGAAGAGGAAACGCCAUGAGGCAGUUCGGGCUGACCCAGUUCUUAGCACUCGCGUCGGCUCAAGGACGGAUCGCCCGCUAUUUAUAGACAUUAAUCGUGGAAACAAGAAUUUAAGGAGGUCAUUGACAGGAGAAGAUGCUUGCAACGACUGCAGCGAGCGAGUUCCGGUGCACUUCGACGCAGCUACUACAGAGGGGUUUGGGGUAGCGGCGCAGACGAACACAGACGGCAGCUUAAAGCGGGAUGAAGGGCGAAGAUGCUUUGGGGAGAGGACGCAGGGGCUAAUAACGACUCCCUCAUUCGACAAUUCGAUAGAGGUGGUUGCGCGCGCUGCCCCUUACUGGCCCUAUAAUAUCAGUGCGCAUGUGACAUGUAUGGGAAGGGUACCGUUCACAUAUUACAUGCUCGCCGAGGUCUACGUGUGUUGGCUAGCAAUGAAGCACGAAGCGGAUGCAUUAGCCCUACACAUUGUUUGUUGCGGUACAGCCGACUGCCGGCAUCGCGUGCACUCCCGCGAGCUUCGUCCACACUCCACCGACCUACAUAUUAUGCGACGGCUGGUUCAUUAUUUACUAUCGGCGGUCGCACGCACCACUCGCCCUCCUAACAUUUCACCCCCCACACCCUCCAUCCCGACAUCUCGUGGUAUUUUUUGCAACUCGCUUCUAUAUAAUGAGAAGAAUCAGUCGACUACCUGCGAAAAUACUACAAAAAAAAAACAGCACCAACCAUGCACACAAAAAACGGACUUCACGGCGGAUGCGACCAGCACGGCGGCCGUCGACGUAGAUAUCUACAUUUCGGUAACAAAACAAAAACAGAAAAAGUCGCGUGCAAAGGCGACAUGGGAUACGGGCGGCAGCGGCUCACGUAGUGAAGAGCGGGUAGGUCGUGGAGAGAAAAAUAUCAGCACUAGCACAGUCACACAGGAACGUUUAAUAGAGGCACUCGAUAAAUUAAAAACAUCGAUAACGACGACGACGUCCCGUCCUACACUACGUUCGCGGCCCGAGCCGAUGCAGUUUACGUCACCGCAUCCCGCUCCCGACUGGCAGAACGCCGUGCGAGCGAGCGACGACCUCGCGCUGCAGCGUGCACCCCUCCCCCGCCCCCCGCGGACCCCGCCGCGCCCUACAGCAGGGCUCCCUCCCCGGCCCCCGAGCCCGCACCCUGCACAGCCCUACUGUUCCUGCGCCCCGCGCUCCAACUAA